AUGACUGCACAGUUCUCAGCAAAAGAAAUUAGGAUUGUGCUUAUUGGCAAAACAGGCGUUGGGAAAAGUGCUGCUGGUAACACCAUCCUUGGAAGAGAUCAUUUUCACAAAGCAGCAAGCUCUAAGUCUGUGACGAAGCAAUGCAGUUUGGCCACCAGAGUUAUUGAUGGGUUAAAGAUCACAGUUGUGGACACUCCAGGCUGGUGUGACACAGAGCUCUCCGAGGCUGAGCUCACAGAGGCCACGGUGAAAUGCAUCGACAUGUCAUACCCUGGUCCGCAUGUCUUUCUUUUCAUCCUGGCGAUUGGCAAUCGCUUCACAAACGAAGAGAAGCAAACAGUCCAGCAGCUACAGGAGAUCUUUGGGGAAAGAGCUACAAGAUACACAUUGAUUUUGUUCACAAAGGGGGAUGCCCUAGAGGACACAACUUUUGAGGACUAUCUGAGAGAGGCUACAGCAGAUCUCAAAGCCUUAAUUGACAAAUGUGGAGGCCGAUGCCAUGUUUUCAACAAUAAAGACAGAAACUAUUUACAAGUGCCCCAACUCCUUAAAAAGAUACAAGACAUGGUUCAGGACAAUGGUGGUGGAUGCUACACCAACUCAACAUACCAGCUACUGGAGCAAUAUAAGAGAAGAGAGGCUGAGCUACAACGGAAAGCUGAAGCUGCUAGAAGAGAGAUGAGAGCCAGAGAGGCUGAGUUUCAAAGAUUGAUCGAACUCAUGGAACAGAAGCAGCAGUGUUAUGUGUUAUCAAUUAAUAGAAACGAGAGGCAAGAGGAAGAAAGGAUGCAGAAAGCAUUGCGUGCCCAGGCUGCAGAACAUCAAAAGUUGAUGGAGCUAGAGAGGCAAAAACAGAGAGAAGAGCAGUUAAAACAUGAGCAAUACAUGGAGAAGGAGAAGUUAAAGAGAAAAAAUGAAGAGUCUCAUCAUAGACAGAGAAUGGAGACGGAGAGGCAGAGGUUAGAAAAAGAAAAGCAAGAAAUGUCAAAAACAAUUCUUCAGCUGGAACAACAGAAGCAGAAGAGGGAGACUGAAAUGCAAGAAUUUUUAAGGGAAAAAGUUAGAAAAAAGAAACACUGUAUUAUUUCUUAA